AUGGCGAAAAGACACAAAAACAAUGCAACGAAAGCUGCUUCUCGUGUGGACAACGGUAAGCCCACCACUGUUAUCAAAAUCGAUCCAUGGAAUCCUCCGUAUCCCAUGCACUGGGACGGCCGUUGUACUCCUGAGGAGUUUGUUCGUCGAAGAACAUCCUUUCUGAUCACCUCCAGAGCGUCCAACACGAUCGUCCCGGACCGUACUCCUCCGGAGGCGAAUUCUCAGUUCUACCAUGGGGUGUACCCCCGCUUGCUGCCCGUCCUGGAGAAGGACAGCGUCCGUCGCUUCCUCCGUCUGUUCGCAGAGUGCCGGGACGACUGCAUGACUUAUGGCUCCAUCAUCAUCCCAGAGGCCUUCAACCACAUGGUCGUUGAGGACGCCCUGCGGUGCGCAAAGGUUGCCAUGGAGGGCAAGGCUCCCGAGCUCGAAGGGCACCGCGCCAAUCCCAACUACAUGAACCAGUAUGGCUACUUCCCCCUGCACGAAGCCGCGGAGAGGUUCUCUGUUGAGAUGAUCAGGCUGCUGCUCCGGCAUGGCGACAAUCUACUACUCCCCAAGGAGGAUUCCAAUUACCCGCCGCCGACAGAUGCCGAUGUCUACAGGAUUAUUCAUCUUUUGUGCCUACCCGAGAUGAAGAUUUUCUUGGAUACGACUCGACUGCUUGCUGCGCACACAGAUAAUCUAGUUGAUGAGGUAUGCAAUUACAUAAACGAUGGAAAACUGUUGCAAACUGCAGUGUUGCUCCUGGCAGCUCAAGCACAUAUCCGUGUGGGGUGUCGCUGCAAUGGUAAGAGUGUAGCUUAUGGUUUUACUAUAAUCACCGCUCACAUCGGUCAACACAUCAUUGACACAAAAUUGGAGAUGCUUCGAAGCAGGGAGCAACUGCUGGACCUGGAGGCGAAGUGUCAAUAUUUGUCAUCUACAUUGUUGCUUGUCAGAAUAAUUUCCCAAGCCGGUAAGGCUCUCGAUUCAUACAUUCGGACGCACCAAGAGGUACCUCAAACAAAGGUCCUUGAACACGUUUCACAGAUUCUCAGCGAUCAUGGGUUUUCCCCUACCGGAGAAGGUAUCCGUAUCGAGGACCUCUGUCCUUAUAAAUGGUGGCCGAUGACCGAUGGUGAGGCGCCUAAAACCCAUGGGGUUGCUGUUGGAGCUGAGGCAGCUGCAGAGACGCCUCAUCGGUAUCCUGCAGAUAAAAAGGCAGCUACAAGUAAACUUGGUCGACGUUGGCAGCAUGAAAGCACAUGGUACAAUUUCUUCCCGUUUUGGAGAUCGAUGCUAGCACACCGACAUCCCGUCAAGUUGAAUCCAGUCUAUGCACAAGAUGGUGUUUUGCAUCUGCCAGAUUGUGAACCCAUCCAUAACAAUGGAAGCAAGUUGCUCGGUGAGCUGUCUAUGCCGGCAAUGAGUAAUGUACGUCUAAUGGCAAGAAGAAUCCCGCAGGUCUCAAGUAUGAAUCGACCCCGCAGACUAUUUGGCACUGUUGCAUUGAAGAUUUUGAAGGUGCUAAAGAAUGCAUGA